CAAGUUCUACUUUCUAUCGUUAUUCCUUACUUCAUGGGCCAGUUCAUGGAAAACCUAACAAACUAACCUAACCAAUAAAUCUAACCUAAAUCUAACCUAUAUCGCCCAAAGAGGUUGUGAUUAAUUUAUAUGAAAAUAAUUUUCAUAUAAAAAUCAAUUAUUGCACAGUUUCACGAAUUGUAGUUAUAUAAAUAAUUUAUAAUUAUUGUAAAUAUAUAUUUAUUUCUACAUAAAGCGCAAGUAUUUAACAUGAUUAGGCUGUUUCGAUUAGCGCGAACUUUUUCUCGUUUAUCGCAAAUAAGAUGCUCGUCGAGCAGCUUAGAAAAGAAAACGGAUCUGUAUCGUCAAUUAUAUGCAAAAAUAUUGGCGUGCGGUCCCAUAACGCUCGCCGAAUACAUGAAGGAGAUCUUGAUCCAUCCUACUGCGGGUUAUUACACAACCAGAGACGUUUUCGGGCAAAGAGGCGAUUUCACAACUUCUCCAGAAAUCAGUCAACUUUUUGGAGAAAUUGUAGCAAUUUGGAUAAUCAGCGAAUGGAGAAAAAUUAGCAGGGAUUCUAUUCAACUCGUGGAACUAGGUCCAGGAAGAGGUACCUUGAUCAGUGAUAUCAUACGGGUGUUCAAGAAACUAAAUCUCUCAAAUAAAAUAUCGAUUCAUCUGGUAGAAAUUAGCCCUGUUUUGGCUGCGAUUCAAGCAGAGAAAUUGUGCACAGAAAGCAGAGAUAUUGAGCCAAGAGUCAAUGAAGACCAAAAGAAUUCUGUCACUCAUUAUAAAGAGGGUGUUACGAGAGAAGGAGUAAAUAUAUAUUGGUAUUAUUCUAUCAACGACGUUCCUGGAAAGUUCAGUGUAUUUGUAGCGCAGGAAUUUUUUGAUGCUCUCCCAAUACACAAGUUCCAGAAAACUGACAAAGGUUGGAGGGAAGUCUUAAUAGAUAUAGUGCAGGAAUCGCAGGAAGAGAGAUUUCGAUAUGUACUUUCGCAGGUGCCAACGGCUGCUUGUAAAGUGUACCUAUCUCCGCAUGAGAAAAGGGAUCAUGUGGAAAUGAGUCCACAGUGUUCCGUAAUAGUAGACCACAUGUCCCAAUUUUUAUGGGAACACGGAGGAUUUGCGCUGGUGAUUGAUUAUGGCCACGAGAGGGAAAAGACUGAUACAUUUCGCGCAUUCCGCCAACAUAAGUUACAUGAUCCCUUGUUAAACCCAGGAACCGCGGAUCUGACUGCGGAUGUUGACUUUUUACUAAUGAAAGAGAUUGCACAAAAAGAUGAUAGAUUAAUCGUGUUUGGUCCGGUGACGCAGAGAAAAUUCUUGAAAAGCCUCGGCAUUGAUUUACGGUUAAAAAUGAUUUUACAGAACGCAACUAGCGUUGAAAAAGAACAAAUUGAAUCGGGAUAUCGUAUGAUAACCGAUGACGAUAAAAUGGGCAAUUGUUUCAAAGUAUUGUCUCUCUUCCCCUUCGUCCUGAAAGAUCAUUUGAAAAAAUGGCCUGUGGCAGGAUUCGAAGAUGAAAGCGAAAUCAAAUCUUAAAUUUUUUAUUUUCAAGUAAUAUGAGAG